GAAGAAAGUGCGUUCUUGGAGCAGCUGGUGCCGAGGGAAGCGGGACCGGCAAAGAUGAUCCAGGCGAUUCUGGUUUUCAACAACCAUGGGAAACCGCGGCUGGUCCGCUUCUACCAGCGUUUUCCAGAAGAAAUUCAACAGCAGAUUGUUCGAGAGACUUUCCAUCUGGUCCUCAAGCGAGAUGACAACAUCUGUAACUUCUUAGAAGGUGGAAGUUUGAUCGGUGGCUCUGACUACAAACUGAUUUACCGGCACUAUGCUACCCUCUACUUUGUGUUUUGUGUGGAUUCAUCAGAGAGUGAACUUGGGAUCUUGGACCUCAUCCAGGUUUUUGUGGAGACUCUGGAUAAGUGUUUUGAAAACGUAUGUGAGUUGGACUUGAUCUUCCAUAUGGAUAAGGUGCACUACAUCCUGCAGGAGGUGGUGAUGGGUGGAAUGGUGUUGGAGACAAACAUGAAUGAAAUUGUGGCUCAAAUCGAAGCUCAAAACCGGCUGGAGAAGUCGGAGGGCGGCCUUUCAGCAGCCCCUGCAAGGGCCGUGUCUGCUGUGAAGAACAUCAACCUUCCUGAGAUUCCCAGGAACAUCAACAUCGGUGACCUCAACAUCAAAGUUCCCAACCUGUCCCAGUUUGUGUGAAGGUGGAGGACUGGGCUGAACUGGAGUUCGUAGGAUGAGCAAAGCUGUCAAGUCCAGAAGCAGAACCCUGUUGAGCCUUUAGAGUUACACCUAGGGGCCCUGCGCCUUUCCCAGAGUGGGAAUGGAGUUGGGUGCACACUGCCUGGCCAUCCUGCUGCUCCUGACACACAAGGCUGUGGUAGACAUCAGGGCACUAACCAUUGCUCCUUCGCCUCCUCCACAGCUGCCCUCAGGGCCAGAGACUGUGAACAUAACACCUGCUUCCCAGGGCCCCACCACUGGGACUGAACACAUCUGACUUCCUCUCUAGCACCAAGGGCUUCUGAGAUCCUGUAUCACUUACUGGGGAAGAGACCAGGGAGAAGGGCCAGCCUUUGAGCUGUCAGGCGUGGUAAGUGGCAGGUGAGGGCAGGGUGUAUGCCGCCUCUGCUAGGGCCUCUGUGCCCUCUGUAUGGUUGUGCAUUGUGGUCCACAGUUGCUGCAGAGCAGUUUCCUUACUAGCAUAUUCCUAGUCUUGUCAGACACAUCUGUGUGCUGGACGGUUUGUCACACUCUGCGUGGUGCCACUACCACACACACAGAGUUGGGUACGACCCCCAGAACCCUCUCCCAGAGGAGAGACCAAUGUCUGUAGGAUGUGACGACUGAAUCCUUCCUAGGUUAUGACUCUUCCCAAGUUUAAAAUACACUGUUCUCUUGGAAGCAAAAGGUUCAGUGCUGUGUUGUGAAUGAAGUCCCACAUACAUGCACUUGCUCAGAACCCACUAACCAGUCUCAGAUUCUAGAGCCGGGAGCCGGACUGGGCACUGUGUGGGCUGAGCUGCAGCAUGCUAGCUGUAAUGCUGUGUGCUCUCCGGCUUGAGUCCUGCAGUGAACACACUGGGCUCCCUUGGGUGACAUUCUACAGCUCUGGAACCCUGCAAAGUUAGCAUGUGCUGGUGUGGAGGCUGAUGCACCUCCACGGGGA